AAAUUCCCAACAUUCUUUUCCUUCCAUUUCAUCUUUCCUUAAAACUUUACCCUUUUUCCCCACCCACAUGAAACCAAAAAACCCUGCAUUCCAUUACCAUGGCUAUGUAGUCUGUCCUCCUACAUUGUAGGCGAUAUACAUGCCAAUAUCCAGACCUUUUGCGCCUGUUGAGUAUGGUAAAUUCCACCAAAUGCAAAUUACCUGUUUCUUGGAGAAUGUGGACAGAGGAAAGCAAACCAUAGAGACUAUAUGUCUGCUUCUUGCUUACAAGAUUAAGUACCCGGAUAACUUUUCCUUCUCCGAGUGAACCAUGAAUGUGCUUCUAUCAACAGAAUCUAUGGAUUUGAUGAGUGCAAGCGCCGUUUCAGCAUCCGCUUGUGGAGAAUUUUCACUGAUUGGUUCAACUGCUUUGGAUUAUUUCUUUACAACAGCUCAACCAAAGGACUGCUAUAAAAGCAAAGCAAAAUACUAUUCCAUUGGAUUAUUGGAAGAAUAGCAGAGGACUUCAAAAUGGGAUUUUCUAAUCUAGGAUUGUUCUCUAUAUUGCUGUUACUUCAUUUGAUCAUCUUCCAGAAGCCCUUUGGUAGCAGGUACUAAUUUCUAUCUCUUUUAUCUUUCUUAAAAUAUUUUUGAUUUUAGUUUGCUUUGAAGCAAAUAAACUGUUUUUUUUUUUUUUACUGUAAACUUAAAUAUAAAAAAAAAAAACAUCUUGGGACCAAAGGUGUUUUAAAGCAUGAAAUAACAGUGGUGAACAGGCUAGCAAUAGGUUGGCCAUGGUGGUGGUGUAGAUAAUUGGCUAUAAAUCCACCAGUUACUCCUGAAAUCAUACCAUGCGGAAUGGAUGAUUAGAUCCACCAGUCAUGAUUCCAGGAGUAACUAGCGGAUCCUCCACCAGUCAUUCAUACAACCAUGGUAUGAUUCUAGGAGUAAUGGUCGGAUUUACUACCAAUUAUCUACACCACCAACACAGCCUAGGCCACCUCAACCUCCACCUCCACCUCCACAUGUUGCUAGCCUAUUCGCUGCUGUUUUUUCAUGCUUAAAACUCCCUUCGGUCCCAAGAUGUUUUUCUUGAUUUAAGUCUACAAUUAAAAACACCAGUUUGUUUGCUCUAAAACAAACUAAAAUUAAGAAUAUUUUAAGAUAAAAGAGAUAGAAAUUAGUACCUACUACCAUAGAGCUUGCUGGAAGAUGAUCAGAUUGAAGUACGAACAGUAUAAAGAACAAUCCCAAAUUAGAAAAUCCCAUUUUGAAGCCCUCUGGUAUUCUUCCAAUAAUCCAAUGAAAUAGUAUUGCUUUGUUUUUAUAGGGGUCCUUUGGUUGAGCUGUUGUAACGAAAUAAUCCAAUGCAAUCUACCGUCUCAGGAUUCCAUUUGAUUGUAAGAUUUACCUUGAUAAAAAAAUGUGCAGAGAUUCCGCGUGAAAUUAAUCACCCAUUCCACUGCUUCAACGACAUGCUACAUGAAAUAAAUCACCCUUUCCAUU